AUGAGCGCAGGAUUAUUAUUUAGAAAUGCAGUAGCUAAUGGUAAACCACUUCAAGUGGUAGGUGCCAUCAAUGCCUACUCUGCCAUCUUGGCUGAAAAGACUGGUUAUCAAGCUUUGUAUCUCUCUGGUGGAGGUGUUGCUGCUGCUAGUUAUGGUCUACCUGAUUUAGGUAUCACUACAAUCAAUGAUGUAGUUGAAGAUAUUAGAAGAAUUACAAGAGUAACCAAGUUACCAUUGCUUGUGGAUGCUGAUACUGGUUUUGGUAGUUCAUUCAAUAUUGCUCGUACUGUUGAAGAGUUUGAAAGAGCUGGUGCUGCUGGUUGUCACAUUGAAGAUCAAGUUCAAGCUAAAAGAUGUGGUCAUCGUCCAGGCAAGAAAAUUGUAAGUUUGGAAGAAAUGGUAGAUAGAAUCAAGACAGCAGUUAGUGCACGUAAAGAUCCAAACUUUGUUAUUAUGGCACGUACCGAUGCACUUGCCAACGAAGGUUUGGAAAAGGCUAUUGAAAGAUCAAAGGCCUAUAUCGAAGCUGGUGCCGAUAUGUUAUUCCCAGAAGCUUUAACUGAAUUAUCACAAUAUGCUGCUUUUAAAAAGGCAUUACCAAAUGUACCAAUUUUAGCAAAUAUAACAGAAUUUGGAAAGACUGAAUUAUUUGGAGCAGAGGAAUUGUACAAUCAUGGAGUAUCUUUGGUUUUAUAUCCACUCAGUGCAUUCCGUGCUGCCAGUGCUGCUACACUCCAAGUGUAUGAAUCCAUUAAAAAGGAUGGUACACAAAAGAAUGUUGUUCCCAUUAUGCAGUCUAGAGAAGACCUCUACAAAUUCUUAGACUAUCAUAAAUUUGAACAAAAAUUGGAUCGUUUGUUUGGUGAUGGAAAGGAAUAA